UGUUUGGGCAUAGGUUGGACUCGAUGAUCUCAGAGGUCUUUUCCAGCCUAAUUGAUUCUGUGAUUCUGUGAUCUCGCAUAGUUUGCUUUCUGGUGCUCUGCCAGGUAUGUUCUGCACAGCCACAGCUCCCAGUUCCCGUCUAUUUUCUCACCUCGGGCUGUGGAUAAGGAAGGUAAACACGUGAAAUCUGGUGUGACUUCUCCCCACCCCGUUCACUUGUCUGCUAUCUUUGUUGUAAAUCCGAAGUGGCUGAGUUGUAAAAGCUGACCUCUAAAGGACAGGCUGUCUGCUUUGUUACCUACUUUGUGCUGGUAUUUACAGUUUGGAUAAUAAUAGGGACGGAUAGGAGCAUAUGGUACAUAUGCGCUGCACACACUGAAGCUUCUCGGGAGCACAGAUAACUCCAGUACCUGACUUCAGUAUCGGCUGAUAAUGCAUCUGAGUCCAGGACUGAUCCCCACUUCACAAUAACCUGGUGCAAUAGCAAACAUUAAUUCUGCUAGCAGAGUUUGUGCCCAUAUCUCUUCCACAAAUCCAGCACAGUUUUAUAUGUUCCUCCAAACAAAUGCUGCUGUUGCAGUGUUCCUACCACGUGACCCUCCAGGCAAGCCAGGCUCUUUGAGCCUUCUUGUCUCUCAGGAGCCUUCAGGAAAGGCUCAGGAGGCUCAGGCAGCUCAGUCCUGUGUGAACUCGUGUUCACUUCCAAACUCUGCAUCAUCCUGUAGCAGCAAACUUUGCUAGACUUCAUGUGAAAUGUUUAUAUCAUGAGAAGUCUCUUUAUUCUACCAUAGGAAAGGCUGAAUAAUUUUCCCCUUAGGCUUCUCUGAAAUUUAAUGACUUUACAUCUUUCCAUCAUGAUGUUGUUCUGCUUUCCACCCAUCAUCUCCCUUUCUCGUGUCUGUGGAAGCAUCUUUCUUCCUCCUUGUGUACCUACUCUCUGUGCCUGUGCUCCCUUCUCCCACCUCCCCAGGGAUCCAAAAAUACACCAGAGCUGGAGAGAUACAAACACAAACUGCUUUUGAAGAGUGAGUGAACAGUUACUAGUCCAGCUGCCCUUUUGGCAUCCAAUCCAUGGGGGCUUCAAAAUGCCUUGCCUAAUUCUCAACAGUUACUAUGUGCAGUAAUAUUUGCUCUCCCUUUAGCAAUAUUGAAUAUUUUCUGCCAGAAAUCAUUCAAGAUGGUGAGUUCCUUCUGCAAGUCUGCAGUUUUCUCCAUAAAUAACUUAUGAAUAUGUCAGCGAAUAGAAAUUCCAGCCUAACCCCUUUUGUGACCUUACUGGUAAACUCCCUUCAUCACAAAAAAAAAAGAUAAUUUACUCUUGUUUGGGGUUUUGAAUCUGAUUACUAAUGCAGAAAAGACAUUCAUCCUUUUUUAAUCAUACCACUUUGCUUUUUUGGGAGUUUUCAGUAAGGGACAUUGCUCAAACCUUGGUUUUGAAAUAUUUUUUAACAGUCAGACAGGUCACCUGCAACCAUGUGGGUGUCUUUAUUUUUAGAUAUUUAAACCUGUCUGCAUUUUUUGGAAGUCUUAUCAUGAAGAUGAUACACAAGAUUAAGGGAUAUAGGAAUUGGACUCCCAGGGCCUUGUUCAGUGGACACUACCUGACACUUUGGAGGUUUUCACAGUGCCAGAUCUGUGAACAGAACAGGUUCUGGGUUUCCUUCUUGUGAGAUACUGAUACAGUGAAUUUUUACUUCUUGCCUGGCUUUGGCAGCUUCUUACAGAAUGGUACCACAUACAGCCUUUGAUUUCUUUGCAACUGAUCUUCCAAAAUAGGUUUUGAAGGAGAUGAUGAGUAGUUUGAAUUUCUUUAGACAGUUCGUGUAGCAGCUGUUGAAUGUAGUUGGCUAUUAAUUCCUUUAGAGAAGUUUUAAAGUUUAAUAAGUUCCCUUAUUAACUUGUCUAGUAAGAUUCUUAUGCUAACAGUCAGGUUUGGGAUAGAGUAGUCUCUGGGAAAGAAUGAUUCCAGGAUGGAAACCUUGAUAAUCUCUUCUAUUGUGGAUAUUUAAAUAGUAGCAUGGUUUGCAUUUUCUGCUGUGAUUUUUCUUCUUCUGUGGUCUUAAUUCCUGCUCUCUUUGUUAUGAGUUGAAGAUGUUAUUUAUUGUAAACUGUUAAUAUAAUUGGGCCUGGUUCUCUAUCAUUUGUAUUUCAUAGUUAUGAUGUAUGGGCUGGUUAGUGAAACACAGUAAUACCAGGCAAGCUAUGUCUUUACUCAUCAAAUGCAAAGUAAUUCUUUCUUUCCCUCUUAUGCUCCCAACAGACUCCAGUGUUCUACAAGGCAUGAAAAUCUGCAGUCUCAGUAAUAAUAUCACAGAGUAGCUUUCCCUUUCAUUGCUACUGUCCUGCAUUAGUUUGGGACUUAACAAGAUGCAUUCAUUGUGCACAUCGUCAACUCAUUGCCCGUGGGACGGAUGGGUGGAAAGAUAGGACAGUCAACAAACACUGUGUUGUUCAGUUUAUUUAUCUGUGAAGAAAUCAUUGAUCUUCUCUCUAACUUCCUGCUGCUGCUUUUCAUGUAAAAUGCUGCUUAAAUUUAUAAGCAGCAACUUUCAACCUUGCUAGGAAGGUAGUAUGAAUUUUCAGAUGUUCUUUGCUGUAGGUGGCCCAUAACAAAACAAAACAAAAGUCAAUAAAUUUGGGUAUCUCCAAGAGAAUCAUGCUUUGGGCUCCAUGCUUAUGUCCAUUUAUAGUCCUGGGUUUGUCCCUAGAACGUUUGUUUGAAGAACAGGUAUUGUCAUCUGUUUUGUGAAAUCUGUGUAAGCUCGGAUUUAUUUUUUGGAUGAAUUCUUGGCUUUAAAAGGGUAUUCUGGUAUUUGGUUUAAAAAUAGGACAAAAAACAUUAUCUAGUCUUGUUGGUAUGUGACUUACAAAAAAAUUUCUUUUCUGUUCCUAGCUCUGUUCUUAAGGCAUUUCAGCCAUGACUAAGAGAGAGGCAGAGGAGCUGAUAGAAAUAGAAAUUGAUGGAACUGAGAAACAGGAAUGCACUGAAGAAAGCAUCGUCGAGCAAACCUACACCACAGCAGAAUUUGUGAGUCAGGCUAUUGACAUCAAUGAACCCGUUGGGAAUCUUAAGAAGUUGCUGGAACCCAGACUGCAAUGUUCCUUGGAUGCACAUGAAAUUUGUCUGCAAGAUAUCCAGCUGGACCCAAAUCGAAGCCUUUUUGAUCAAGGAGUGAAAACAGAUGGAACAGUGCAACUCAGUGUGCAAGUGAUAUCUAGGCAAGGGAUAGAGCCCAAGUUGAACAUCCUUGAAAUUGUGAAGCCUGUGGAGACGGUGGAGGUGGUGAUUGAUCCAGAUGCUCAUGCUGGAGAGGCUGAAGCUCACCUUGUUGAGGAAGCUCAAGUGAUAACCUUGGAUGGAACAAAACAUAUUGCAACAAUUUCAGAUGAAACCUCUGAGCAAGUGACACGAUGGGCUGCAGCACUGGAAGGCUACCGGAAGGAGCAGGAGCGCCUUGGAAUUCCUUACGACCCCGUGCAGUGGUCGACAGACCAUGUGCUGCACUGGGUGGUGUGGGUGAUGAAGGAGUUCAGCAUGACCGACAUCGACCUCUGCACACUCAGCAUUCCUGGGAGGGAGCUCUGCAGCCUCAGCCAGGAAGACUUCUUCCACCGCGUCCCACGGGGAGAAAUCCUCUGGAGCCACCUGGAGCUUCUCCGAAAGUAUGUGUUGGCUAGUCAAGAACACACUGGAGAAAUAGCAACUGUUACUAUUGAUCAGCCUGUGCAGAUUAUUCCAGCGUCUGUACAACCUGCUACCCCGACCACCAUUAAAGUGAUAAACAGCAGUGCAAAGGCAGCCAAAGUGCAGAGAGCUCCAAGGAUCUCUGGGGAAGACAGGAGUUCCCCUGGGAACAGAACAGGGAACAAUGGGCAGAUCCAGCUGUGGCAGUUUUUGUUAGAACUUCUCACUGACAAAGACGCUCGGGACUGUAUCUCUUGGGUUGGGGACGAAGGAGAGUUUAAAUUGAAUCAACCUGAGCUGGUUGCACAAAAGUGGGGACAGCGCAAAAACAAGCCCACGAUGAACUACGAGAAGCUUAGUCGGGCCUUGAGGUAUUACUAUGACGGAGACAUGAUCUGCAAAGUGCAGGGGAAGAGGUUUGUGUACAAGUUUGUGUGUGACCUGAAGACGCUGAUCGGGUACAGCGCGGCAGAGCUGAACCGGCUCGUCACGGAGUGCGAGCAGAAGAAACUGGCCAAGAUGCAGCUCCACGGCAUCGCACAGCCAGUGACAGCAGUGGCACUGGCUACAGCAUCCCUGCAAGCAGAGAAAGAUAACUAAGCACUGGGACCUCAAAGUGGCAACCUGAGGCCUUUCCUCUAUAACCAGAGCAGUUGCUGCUCCCAUCUUUAUCAGAAUUGGAAACUUCCUUUGUUUCUUGACUGUACAAUGUAGGGCAUGAUUUUCUAUAAAGAACUGGGACUCGCAUAAAUUUGGAUCUUUUAACAGCAUGUAUUUCAAUGUAAGUUAAGGGAUCCCCUCAACUUCUGCAGCUGUGAGUCAGGGCCUCCAUGGUGUGCAGCUGGUGAGAGCUGGAACCGCUCCAGGUUCUGUGACCAUGGCUGUGCAAAGUCAUUUCUGCAGCACUUCUAACAAAAAUAAGUCCUCGCAGCAAAAAGGCUGACCAGUUGUCUGAACACAGCCCUUCCCAGUCUUUUGUUCUCUGCUGAACUACCAAAUGGCAUUUGAUGCUUUCAAAGUUAAAAUAUGUUCAUUAUUCUCAGUUAAUCAAGCAGAGCCGAAAGACACACUCAAUGUUACAAAGCAUCAGGUUCUUAAAAUAGCUUCUGGAGUAGCAAAGGAAACUUAAGACUAGGCUUAACUGGAGAUCAGUGCUGAAGAAGGAGAUCCAGGUUUAGAUCUGGCUUAGGUGAAAAGCCAAUUAUGAGUAUUUCAUUGUAAUAUGUAGAUAAUAUACAUAUAUGAGGGCAAAUACCUGUUUUGAAAUAUGUCGUUGACAAUUGCCAUUUAGCAAAAAGCAAAGAUAAACUUCCUCCCCCACUACCACCCCCCAUCAGGUCAUACAAAAACUUAAAAAAACAGCCCUCACCCAAAGAGCAGUUUGUUUUUUCUGGGGGGGAGGGGGUUAAUGCUGUGUUCUGCAAGGUGCUGAAACCAGCACAGCCGUCAACCUUAGUAUGCUAAGACUUAAGUUAAUCACAGUCAGUAGUCCCUGGUUAGGAACAAAAAGCAAUUUGAAAGUAGUUUACAGAGAGCUGAAGUUUGAUUUCCCAAUCAUUGUACAGUCUGGUAUAUAUUAAAAUACAAAGAGGCAUUUUUUAUUUAAAAUUUAUUUCUCUCUGAACUUCAAGUGGUAUUUUCAAAGCUUCUUAAGCCAAAUGCAUGACCCAGAGCUGGGUGCAAUUUGAAGAGGGGAUGAUAAUUAGAAAUAGUUGGAACGUAUCCUGAAUUCUGAGCUAUGCUUCGUGCAAACUUACACAUGCAGUAAAAAGCAGGUUGCAGCUUUUUAGUUUCUGUACUGGUGCCUAUGAGUGCUGCUUUUGAUGGCUGAAAAUGGUGCGAUUUGGGGGUUGCUUUUUCCCCUUCCUGUUGCUAAACAGUAUAAUUAUUAUGUCACCACUGGUAUUUACCAACUUUUUGUAAGUGAAAGUCCCUCUGGUAACACUUAACAAUUAAAAGGGAAGACCUUUAAUUCUUUGAGGGAUCCAGCUACUGUUAAACCCAAAGUCCCUGUACAGUGAGGUUCUGAACAUAAAGUGUGUUUGUGCUGAGUAGGGAGAGCAGGAAUGGUCACACUUGGAGGCAGAAGGGAGAAAACGUCAAGACUCAUGUAUUUUAAAGAUGUGUUUGAGGACAAAGCUUUUUGUUUGUAGGUGGAUGCUCACCUACAAGAUGAUAGUUUUUGCUUAACUAGAAAUUUUGCAUGUAGUUCUAGCUUACUUUUGUCAUCAUCACCAGGAAUAUAAAAUUAACAUUUUUUUGCCAGAUUCUUUUGGUACCUCUCACUAUUGUUUUCGCUCUGGAGCUCUCAAAGCACUCCAUCUGCUGAGCAUGCUGGCUUCACUUGGCUUUUAAAAAAAGUCAUAAACCCUGAGGAAAAAAUAAAAGUGCAUCUGUUCGUGAGAGGUCAACAUGAGUCCCUUUAUUGAUAUUAGAGCAGUCUGAUGCCACCAGUUGGCAGGUGUUCAAGGUGGCUUGUGCAGAGGGAUGAGGGUUUGCUUACCAAGAAUGAUGUGAGGGUGGUAGUUUGGUGGCAGCAGCUUUAAUUACUAAACAUAAGUCCAGUACAAGUCACUGGUUCUAUUUAGCAGAGUUGUUGGGAAGCCUUUUUAGUUAAAAUACAGUAUAAUAAGAGAAGCUUAAAAUACCAGCUUUCUAUAUCAAACUGGGCUGUGGGAAGAUAAACAGCAAAAUUGAAAUUUAAUCAAAACUUUAUUCCCCUGCAUGUUCUUGUUACAUGAUGAGUCCAGUGAGGGAAACUCCUGCUCCCACCCUUUGUCUGUAAAUACAUCCCAUUAUUGUUUUGCAGCUUUUAGUAGGUGUGAUGGUCCUUUGGGUUCUUUGUUGUGCCUCCAUCUGCUUUUCCACCAAGUUCUAAUUAGUAAAGAAAGAAUCUUUCAAAUGAUAUAAAAUCAUCAUCACAUUCUCUGUAGUUGAGGGAGAAGUCUGUGACUAACUUGAUGUCUUCAAUGAAACAAAAGAUGUAGAAUAUAUUGUCAAAGGUUGUUCUGUUGCUGCCAGAAGGAAAACACAGAAAGAAUAUUCCCAAUUUUUGUAAAACAGAAUGUUUUUUGCAUACUUUUUACUCUUUAAAUAAAGACACUUAUACUCUGCUAAUAAUUACGUAUUUCUUUUGUGUUUUGCAUUUUUUUUGGUAAUUUUACAUGAAACAAUUAUUUUCUAUUUUUACUCUGAUAAAAUAUUUGUGCAUAAAAUGUCAAUAUAGUAAAAUAAAAAUGUUAU